AUGGAAAGUAGACAGAAACAGUUGGCAGUGCUGUCAAAGCAUAUUGAGGAAGCAAAUGAUAGAAUCAAUAAAGUAUUAGACAGACUGGGUUGGACAAGAGAGCAUAUCAAGCAAAAAUAUAAAGAAAGAGAUCAAUUACAAACAUGUCCAAUCAAUAAAAGACACAAAGUACUGUCAAAAAGUUUUAAUGAGCAUUAUAAACGCUGUCUAUUGAAAAGCAGUGGAUUCUAUAUCAAAAGAAGACGAGUCAAUAAAACAAACCCACAAAGCUCUUUAUUCUUUUACAAGGAUAGUCCAUCCGUGAUAUCCUUUACUACACAAGAUGUAAAUACAUGUAAUACAAUUCAAGAAUCUGAAAUUCAUCAAGAAAAGACAGUCGAUGAAAGACGACAAGAGUAUGAUAAAGUUGUACUCUUGACACAUAAGCUUCGUGCUCAAAAAGAUAUAAAUAAAAAGUGA